CUACACAUGGUUGGGUGGGGAGAUGUGCUAAGCACGGGCCAGGAAAUGAGCCCGUGGUGCUAAGGGUGGGGGCUGAACAAAGCAGCCACCACUUUAGAAGACAUGGUGGAACUGUCCGGAGGCUGGCUGGUGGGUCCAGAGCCUCCAUCCAGCAGCGUGAAGACGAAGAUACCCUAGCAGCAGCAGAAGCAGCACCAGUGAUUGAGGAACCUGAAUAUAAAGACCGGUCAAGUUUGCCUGAAAGCCAGAAUACAACAGCUCCCUGCAUGGCAGUGAUUCAGACUGUCCCCAAGCCCCAAUCCCCUCCAGCCCUUUGGAUCCUGAGCUUCCUGGCCUUGAUACUUAUGCUUUGUGCCUUGUGUACCACCUGUCACAGGAAGGGUAAAAGAAGGCAGCAGUCUGGGCUGAAGCUAGUGGAUGUGUCAUUACUGAGACAGACCCAGCUUCGUUCACUCAGCAAGUCAGACUCCAGACUGCAUGAACUCAACCAGGGCCCUAGGAACAGUAAAGCCCAGCGUCCUAUCAGCAGUGACCUCCUAUACACACGGUGGCCAGGAGGGAUCAGGGCUGAUGUUCAGAUGACCACAGUGCCUUCUGUCUUUAUUCACCGUGAGUUGCCCCAGCCCCCACUUGCUUCAGACUCCUUGGCCCUUGAGUCCACGUAUUCCAAUGUGAGGCUGGCAGCUGCCCCAAGAGCUCCCCCCAUGACGCAAAGGGGAGAGGAACAGCUGAGUAUUUCAGAGAAGUUGGUAAUAGCAGAGUAUGCCUGUGUACAGAGGAACAAGACAGGGGCUGAGGUGGGACCCAGCAUGACAGGUCCCAAUGAUUCAAUCCCUGGGGAGAGAGGAACCCUGCAACCUGGAAAAGCAGCUGAGGUGGAGGUUCUGUAUUCAAAGAUCAGCAGGGUAGGCCGGAAACCCUUGGAGCCCACCUGGAACAGCGCUCUCUGUAACCAGCUGGACAGAAAUACUCAAAUCCUCCUAGUGGAGACUGCAAAUGAACAGAGCCUGAGUCCGUCCACAAACCCCUCCUACAGGACUAGCAGUCCCACCUGGGGCAGGGAUACAGAAAAUGGGCCCACUGAGAAUUUUUAUGAGAGCAUCAGUGAGAUGGAGGGGCUUGGUAGGGCACAGACUCAUAAGCCCUCUGAAGAUUUAUGAAAAUGGGGGGGGGAAAUAAAGGCAAAAGGAGUCCA